AUAUUGGGCUUCCAUGGUUUCAACCCGCGGUUCGCCCGGCCCUAUGCUAUCUAGAAUGACAUUCUUUCUUCAUGUUUAUGUUUUUGGUAUUUGAGAGUGUUUUAUUGAAGGGUCGAAUCAAUGAUUACACAUGAUACGUUGCGGGUAAGAAUUGAAUAUCUGAGUUUGAUAUGGUCUGGUCUGGUGGUCGAGAACAGCCCAACAAGAGCCAAGGAAAAAGAAGAAAAAAACACAAACUGGUGGUCCAAUGAAGACUCAGUGGGAGAGCAAAAAGAGUAUAUAGGGACAUGGCAUGGACCCAAAACCCAUCUCCAUCGUCCAUGACUUGUUGCAUGAGCGUGACUAUGAUGAGAGACUCAUAAUCUGUCAUAUAAUAUGAUUGGUGACAAAUGAUUCAUCAUUCCUCUUCUUCAGCUUCAGUUCAGGAUGUUUGUAAUCAAAAAAUUAUCUCUGAACUUGCCUGCUUUCCUGUCUUACCUGUAUAUGUGGCCACUAUUUCUUUCUAUUGUCGACUUGAUUCUCAAUCAUAACUAACUAAUUGCAGAUUUUAAUCAAACAAAGCUACAGAACUACUUGUCCAAUAUCAAUACGUAUUUAUCCCAACUAUUACAAGUAUUUUCUGUAGCCGUCCAAAUCUUGUUUCUUUAUUGGAUCCCCCCACCCCACCUCCUUCCAUUAUCAAAGCAUUUCAAAUCUUCAAAAUAUAUGAAUGGGUUGCCGCAACUACAACUAUGGCCUCAUCUGGUUCAUAUGCUCGGUGUUUAUGGAACACACAGUUCUAGUUCAUUCAGGUAGUGACAAGCAGCACCGUAUACAUGGACCACUAGUUAACGUCACCAAGCAUCUCUCUUUCCCAGAUUUCAGCUUCUCCAAAAACCCCCGAGUUUUAGAAGAUGUAAAGCUUCUUGGCAGUGCCAAGUUCUCCGCCUCAUCAGCCAUCCAAAUCCCCGAUGAUCAUGAUCAACCCCACGGCAACGGCAAUGAUAUUGAUCAUCUCAGACACCAAGCAGGCAGAGCCCUCUACUCUUCUCCCAUCCGUCUCCUUGACCCUCACACCCAGUCCCCUGCUUCUUUCCAAACAACCUUCUCUUUUCAAUUCCACAAUGCUUCUUCUUCUUCUUCUUCUUCCAAUUUCAGUGCUAAUUCUUCUGAUCAUGGUGGCAGUGGCCUCACCUUCAUCAUUGUCCCCGACGAGUUCACCAUUGGCAGGCCUGGCCCGUGGCUCGGCAUGCUCAACGACGCUUGUCAGGAUGAUUAUAAGGCAAUAGCAGUCGAGUUCGACACGCGUCUCAAUCCUGAGUUCGGAGACCCCAAUGACAACCAUGUCGGAAUCAACCUCGGCACGAUCGUCUCCACCAAAACAAUCAACGCUUCCGAUGUUGGUGUCUUUCUCGACGAUGGUUCAGUCCACCGAGUUUGGAUUGGCUACGACGGCUCACGCCGUUGGAUGGAAAUUCAUUUAGGAUCAGACAGCGGCAGCAAUGACAGUCCUCCAUCAAAGCCGAUCUUCUCUGGCCCUCUUGAUCUCUCACCCUUUCUCAGCGAGUACAUGUUCGUCGGAUUCUCAGCUUCCACUGGCAACCAUACCCAAAUCCACAGCGUCCUCUCUUGGAAUUUCAGUUCCACUAGCCAAGCUUUUCUUUGGACGCCUUCAGUGGAAACAUGCGAGAGUAACAUCAUUGUACAUGGCAGAGCAGGUACCACGAGCGCUGAGCCUCCAGGCACAUUCUUAAUCUUUGUUGCUGUGCUGGUUUUGGUUCUGGCUGUUGUGCUUAGCCUAUACUACAACAGCAGGCGCAAAAGUACAGAAAUAUCAGACACUUCCAUUGUGCUGCCGGAGAAGAAGCAGAGACCAAGGCCUCCCAACAAGCCCCGCUGCUUCACAAUCUCCGAGCUUUCCUUGGCUACUCAAUGCUUCAGCGAGUAUGAAUUUCUGGGUAGCGGCUCGAGAGGUGUGUACUAUAGAGGAAAGCUUUUGAAUGGAUGUCAAGUGGCUGUGAAGCGGUUUUCUUCUCAGUUUUUGCACUCUCAAGGAUUUGAUAGGCGAAGGUUUUUGAAGGAAAUAAAGGGCAUUAGCCGGUUUAGGCAUCCAAAUUUGGUUCCGAUCCGAGGGUGGUGUCAAGAUCAGAAAGAAACCAUGGUUGUGUAUGAGUUUUUCCCCAAUGGGAGCCUUGACAAAUGGCUAUUUGGGAUGGGUGUUCUUCCGUGGACUCGGCGGUUCAAGGUUGUGAAAGAUGUGGCUGAGGCCGUCAGUUUCUUACACUCCAAUCAAUUAUCCCACAAGAACUUGAAAACAACUAGCGUCUUUCUUGAUAUUAGUUUCCGCGCAGUCCUUGGGGACUUUGGGUUUGUGCUAUGUGGUGCAGAAUCAAAAAGGUUCGAGUCAGCAGUGAGCCAAAGUGCGGAUGUGUUUGAAUUUGGGUUGUUUGUGUUGGAAGUGGUUGGUGGGAGGCAGAGACUGGAGGCAGAGUUGGGGCAAUUGGAGGAGAGGGACUUGCUGGACUUUGCAUGGAGAAUGCACGAGAAAGAUGAAAUGGCGAGGGUAGUGGAUAGGAGGAUGGGCACAGUGAUAAACUUGGAGCAAGCAAUUAGAGUUAUGCAAAUUGGGUUGCUAUGCACACUGAAUGUGACCAAAGGGAGGCCUUGUAUGGAGCAAGUGGUGGAGUUUCUUAGCAUGGAGAGACCAAUCCCGGAGUUGCCACCGAGUCGACCGGUUGCUCUGUUCCCUUACAACAGCACCGGCGCCCUUUGCACUGGUUAUUCUUGCGCUUCUUUCAAAUGAAGCUACAAUUACUAGUCUUUUGAUUGAGGUUCGGAUGUUGCGGCCUUUAAUGGUCAUGUUUGUAUAAUAGAUUGCAAAUGUAAAAGCCAAAUAGCAACAUGUGCUGCUGUGCUUCAUUUCCCUCAUGUAUUUUUAUAAGUCAUACGCAAUAUCAAUUGCAGGUGCCAAUUGGAAUUCCUUUUA